AUGGCACACCGUUUGUUCAACAUACCGAUGGAAAACAGUGAGUUUGAAAGCGAAAAAGAAAGGAUUUUAUUGGCGGCCAAUCUGAACGGUUAUGACGAAAAAUUCGUGUAUAAAAUCCUACGCAAACACGAAAGAAAAAGGUUCCGAAGUAAUGCCACCACUUUCAAACCAGAAAAGGAAGAAUCCCAAAGGGUCAGUUUGCCGUUCCACCCACCACUGACCAAUGGCAUUCGGAAGAUCCUCUCCAACCACGGUUUGAAAGUGGCUUACAAAAGUUCCAACACCCUAAAAGAUUGUUUGGUUUCACUAAAGGAUAAGGUGCCUCCGGAGGAAAGAUCUGGUAUCUACGAGAUACCUUGCGAGGCCUGCCCGGCGGUCUAUAUUGGCCAAACAAGGCGCAAAUUUAAAACACGGAUAAAGGAGCAUAAAAACGCCGUAGAAAACAACAGAUCCAACGAAUCCAGUGUCCCAUGCCAGCUGAAGGAUGUUUUUUAUGUGGGUGGUGGCGUCUUGCUGAGGAAUUCCUAUCAAUGGUGGGUCGAGAAGAGUAGCUGCAGCAGCGAGUUUGUCCGCGGCCUCAUUGCCGGGGAUUCCUGCGUGGCCUGGUACCCAGCAGAAGGUUAUCCGUUUGUCGAGGGCCAUUUGGGAGAUCGAAGGGAGCCACCCCCACCAAACAAUCCUUUCCACCAUCUCCUAAAUCAGCAAUAUACCAAUGAUCCCACCUCCCUCGCCGAUUCCUUCUGUGAACACUUUGCAUCAAUUUCCUCCUCCUCCAACACCCCACUGAUCCCCUUUCCAACUGACCAAGCCCAUUACCAAAAAGACUACAACAGCAAAUUUUCUUACGACGAACUGGAGUCGUUUCAGGCCCAUAACUCUGCUGGAUUCGAAAAACAACAGCUUCUAGACAACCGUCAGUUUGCUUUUCGAAGCGGACGAUCCAUCGAUGACUACUUCGAGGAACUGGAGUCUAUUAUCGAUCCAACUACACAAAAACAACAUCAUACAGAGUGCCUAUCCCUGGACUUGUCGAAAGCCUUCGACCGGGUCGACCGAAUAGCGAUUAUCAACCAACUCAACAACUGGGGAAUCGGCGGCCGAAUGUUGCGAUACAUAGCCGACUUUCUUCAAAACAGAUCUGUCCAGGUCCUUGUUAACGGCAAGCGUUCUCACACAAGACCCAUCCAUGGUGGCGUACCACAAGGCUCAGUUAUUGCUCCAUCCCUAUUCCUAGUAGCGGUCAACUCGAUAUUUCAAAAAGUCCCUAGCAAUACAAGAACAUUGGUCUACGCCGAUGACAUUCUCCUCAUAACAUCUUCAGCAUUCUCAAAAACGACACGAAAAAGACUUCAAAACGCUCUGAACGAAGUAGCAAACUGA